ACGAAUGGUAGACAUUUAAAUGUCACGUACUGUAACUCCUGUGGGCACACGCAGCGUAUUUACAUUUUGACUAGAUUAGUAUGUGUGUCAUGUGAAUAGACAUUGUUUAUUUAAGGUAACGUGCGAAGUUGUCCAUGAUGCACACGAACGCAAAUAUCGCUGUAACGUUAGAUCUAUGUUGAAGAAAACUGGCUAUAGUUUUGACUAUCAUCAGCUGAUCAGUCAGUGCCUAACAAACCCCCACCACCAGCAGAGCAGACCAGCAGCACCAGCAACAACAGCUCUUCGCAUAAUAAUGCGAUCCUUGAGUUAUGUUCAGCGGGUUAGUUUGGACUUCACAGGAUCUCUGUUUCCUCAUGCAAUAUGCCUCGGAGACGCCGACAACGACUCGCUGAAUGAACUCGUGGUGGGCGACACCAGUGGGAAGCUAUUUGUGUACAAAAAUGAUGACUCCAAACCCUGGGUAACGCGGUCGUGCGUGGGCAUGUUAACGUGUGUGGGAGUAGGAGACAUCUGCAAUAAAGGCAAAAACUUUGUGGUUGCUGUGGGGGCGGAGGGCUGGUUCCAUGCCUUUGACCUGACGGCGGUGGGGGGGAAGGGGAGUGACUCCGCCAGCCAGCACGAAGCACUCUUCUGGGAUGAGCACAAGCCCUGCUUCACCCAGCACAUCCCCGCCAACACCAAAGUCAUCCUCAUCAGCGACAUCGAUGGAGAUGGUCGCUGUGAGCUGGUGGUGGGCUACACUGACCGCGUGGUCCGAGCGUUCCGCUGGGAAGAGCCGUCCGAUUCCUCAGACCUGAGCUCUGGCCAGCUGGUACUCCUCAAGAAGUGGCUUCUGGAGGGACAGGUGGACAGUCUGUCGGUGACUCCUGGUCCAGAGGGCUUGCCUGAGCUGAUGGUCUCCCAGCCAGGCUGUGGCUACGCCAUACUGCUGUGCUCCUGGACCCAGGAGGGGGCGCCAGGGACCGGGGAGGAGGAGACUACAGCGCCCCCUACAGGAGAGAACCCCUCCAGGGAUGUUAUUCUUCACCUGACUACGGGCCGCAUCCACAACAAGAACGUCUCCACACACUUGAUAGGGAGCAUACGCAGAGGCUCCAAGGAUGACUCCUCCAAGUGUGGCCUCUUCGCCCUCUGCACUUUAGAUGGUACACUGAAGUUAAUGGACAGCACAGAGAAAUUACUGUGGUCAGUGCAGGUGGAUCAUCAGCUGUUUGCCUUGCAGAAAUUAGAUGUCACGGGUGACGGUCGUGAGGAGGUUGUGGCGUGCGCCUGGGACGGUCAGACCUACAUUAUUGAUCAUAACCGCACGGUCGUGCGCUUCCAGUUUGAUGAAAAUGUCAAUGCCUUUUGUGCAGGUCAGUACACCUGUAAGGAGGGCAGGAACAGCCCAUGCCUGGUGUAUGUGAGCUUUAACCAUAAGAUCUACAUCUACUGGAGGGUGGAUCUGGAGAGGAUGGAGCCGACCAGUCUCACCCGAGUCCUGGAGGAGAAAGCCCAAUACAGAGACCUGCUGCAGCAGCUGGGAGUGGACCCUAAUGACACUCAGGCUGUAAGGAAGCUGAUUGGAGACGUUCUUUAUGGGAAGACCCAGAACCCCCCACGGACACCACCUGGCCUCUUACCUGAACUUUGACCCUUGACCCAUCAUAUCUGUAAAUAAACCUCAUCAAUAAAGGACCACUCCAAACAAAUCUC